UGAAGGGGGUCCCGUCCGGUACCCUGUGCUCCCAUUGGUCAGUGGCAUUCCCUCUGUUUUUACAUUGCUGCCACCAGUUAUGCUCUGAAGUUUGUUUUACACAUUCUGGGGCACAUGUUCAUGCAUGCGUAAAUGCACGCAUGCCGGGUUCCAGGACCUGCACACGUGCACUAUUAGACCGUAGUCUGAAGAGACGGCGGGCUGCAGAGACACACAGGGAGAGCUCCUGACCACGCAGGGCAGAGUGGGGUGACCCGGCGCCAUAUAAAGAGACAGUCAGAUGUCCAUCCACUUGGCCAUUAAGAUGCCCAUCAAAAUGAUUUAUUGGAGCCUUCUGGUGCUGGCUCUGAAUGCAUUUGGACAGGAGCUCCCGUCGAGCCCUCACGGCUGCACUGAGGGAAGCUGUUACCCUGCAACUGGAAACCUUCUGAUUGGACGAGCUGUCAACCUGACUGCCACCUCCACAUGCGGUCUGGACGGACCGGAGCAGUUCUGUAUUGUCAGCUACCUGCAGGAUCCAGAAAAGUGUUUCGAGUGUGACUCCCGUCGGCCGUAUGAUCCCUACCACCACAGAAACAGCCACCGCAUUGAAAACGUGAUCUACCUCACAGACCUCAAUGGGAAUGAGAACUUUUGGAAAUCUGUCAACGGUAAGGAGGACGUCAGCAUCAGACUGAACCUUGAGGCUGAAUUCCACUUCACACAUCUCAUCAUGAAGUUUAAGACUUUUCGUCCUGCAGCUUUGAUCAUAGAGCGGUCAGCUGAUUUUGGCCGCACAUGGCUCCCCUACCGCUAUUUUGCCAAGAACUGUACCAGAACUUUUCCCGGCAUCCCCGCCAACGGCUUGCACCAUAUCAACGAUGUCAUCUGUGAAGAACGCUACUCUGAUAUUGAGCCCUCUAAAGAUGGAGAGGUCAUUUUUAAAGUGCUGGAUCCAGCAAUUCCAGUAGAAGAUCCCUACAGCUUGGACAUUCAAGAACUUUUGCGCAUCACCAACCUGCGCAUCAACUUCACAAAGCUCAACACGUUGGGAGACGACCUGCUAGACCGCCGCUCGGACGUCCUGCAGAAGUAUUACUAUGCCAUUAAUGAGCUGGUGGUCCGAGGAAGCUGCUUUUGUUACGGACACGCUUCAGAGUGCGCACCAGUGCCGGGGAUAAACACCCAUGAGACUGGCAUGAUCCAUGGCCGCUGUGUUUGCAAGCAUAAUACUGAAGGUCUSAACUGCGAGCGCUGCAAGGUUUUCCACAAUGACUCACCUUGGAGACCAGCAGAGACGGAGGACCCACACACAUGUCGAGAGUGUAACUGCAAUGGCCACACAAACCAGUGUCACUUUGACAUGGCGGUGUAUUURGCGAUGGGCAACACCAGCGGUGGAGUUUGUGAUAACUGUCUGCACAACACAAUGGGACGCAACUGUGAGAUGUGCAAACCGUUCUACUACCAAGACCCCAACAGGGAUAUUCGGGACCCUCGUGUCUGUGUCGGUAACCCAGUACAUCAUGGAUUAAAGUGUUUUCUGUCUCUGCAGCCUGAAUACUGGGGUCUCAGUAAUGACCUGGGUGGCUGCAGACCUUGUGAGUGCGACUUCGGKGGAGCGUUCAACAACAGAUGCAUGAUGGAUAGUGGGCAGUGCGACUGCAGGAGGCAUUUCAUUGGUCGACAGUGUUCGGAGGUGCAGCCUGGGUAUUUCUGUGCUCCGCUCGACUACUACAAAUACGAGGCUGAAGAGGCUGCCGGACGCUCGCCCACCGACCCCUCACUKCCGGGSCAGGUCCGUCCGCAGGCAGCAGAUGACUGCAUUCAGCAGCUCAGCAACCAGGCGAGGAGGCAUCGGCGACACCGGCGCAUUUCAAGCCUGCAGCAGUCUCAGGCAGCGUUGAGACGCAUCCGGCAGCUUCAGCAGACACCGGAUGUCACGACGGUCCACAGAGAGCACGCUCCCAGCCACAUCGCCACCUGGACAGGUCCCGGUUUUGCUCGCGUGAAAGAUGGUGCAGGCUUGGUGUUCACCAUCGACAACAUCCCCUACGCCAUGGAGUACGAAGUCAUGAUUCGCUACGAGCCUGAGGUKUGUUUACGUGUAGACACUAGCUGUGUUUCCAUUACAAAUGUGCAAAAAUAUUUUUCAGACAGAUGUCCGAAUGUACUCGUAUAUGUACUGACUGUAAUGUAUUCUUCCAGAUACAUCCUGAUGUCCAGGCCAUUUUGUUUUGAGCCCAGUAAUCGCUACGUGGUAGCAAUCAGGUUCCAGCGACACGGAGUCGCUUACAGACACCUUACCGCUUUCAUCCUGAUUGACUCACUGGUAUUGAUCCCCAAGUACACCGAGCUUCCUGGUUUCCAUGGCAGCGACCCGGACACAGAGCAGCACCGGGAGGACAUGAUCCGCUACAUGUGCCUGGAUUCUUUUAUGAUCACGCCGAUGCCAGCGCUGGCCGAGAUGUGCUCCAAACUCAUCUGCGGCAUCUCAGCCAACAUUCACGAUGGGGCCCUGCCCUGUCAGUGCGAUCCUCAGGGUUCCAUCAGCGGUGAGUGCGAUAAGGUCGGAGGUCAGUGCCGCUGUAAAGCUAACGUCAUUGGGCGGCGGUGUGACCAGUGCGCCCCAGGAACCUACGGCUUCGGAGUGAGCGGCUGCAAUGCCUGUGACUGCCACCUAGAGGGCUCCUUCAGCCACCAGUGCGACCCAGUUACAGGUCAGUGUCCGUGCAGGCAGGGAGCCACCGGGCGCCAGUGCUCCGACUGCCAACCGGGCCAGUGGGGCUUCCCCAGCUGCAGCCCCUGUCAGUGUAACGGCCACGCCGACCUCUGUGACCCCCGGACAGGAGAGUGCAGAGGCUGCAGGGACAACACAGCGGGACACCUCUGCGAACGCUGUGUGGAAGGCUUCUAUGGCAACCCAGUGCUYGGAUCAGGGGAUCACUGUCACCCUUGCCCCUGCCCUGGAAAYCCUGGUUCCAACCACUUYAACGGCCAUUCCUGUCAAUCUGACCACACCUCCAAUCAGAUCAUAUGUAACUGCAAACCAGGCUAUACAGGUGAGCUGGAACAUUAUCAUGAUCCUGCUGUUUUACUCUUUCAUUGUUUUUMUAAGUACAGUGAUCCCUCACUGUCCUGCCUCUGGAAAAUACUAGACUCCAAGAUCUUCUCCUUAUCUAUCCAUUGCCUUUACCCAGGGUGCACCUGUGUGACUGCUGGAACUGUGGUGUCAGCAUGCAGUGAGGGACAGUGUCUCUGUGACCACUACACCGGGGCCUGUCCUUGCAGGGGGUCUGUGAUGGGCAACAACUGUGACCAGUGUGCCCCCAACCACUGGAAUUACGGUCAGCCAGAAGGCUGCCAGCCGUGCAACUGUGACCAGCAACAUUCUGAGGGGGAUCRGUGCAACCUGUUCACAGGCCAGUGUCCGUGUCGGCCCGGCUUCGGAGGACACCGGUGCACUGAGUGCCGAGAGCACCACUGGGGUGACCCACAAGUGGAAUGUAGAGAGUGCAGCUGUCACCCGCUGGGCUCACAGACACACCAGUGUAACCGAGUGACGGGGCAGUGUGAGUGCAAGGACGGGAUGGCGGGGGUCCGGUGCGAUGAGUGCGCACGUGGCUUCACGGGCGUCUUCCCCAACUGUGUCCCCUGUCAUCAGUGCUUCUAUCAGGCGGAUGAUCACUUGUGCCAGAUCAGAAGAGACUUGGAACACAUCCAGUAUGCCGUCCAGAAGAUCCUGGAGAGCGGGAUCACGCCCGGAGACGGRAUCAACCRCAUCAYGGAGCUUGAGCAGAAGCUGAACCAGGURCGAGACCUGAUUGAAACGGGGGACACGGAACAGAUCCACCAGCUGAUUGGACAGAGCAUCGAUGACCUCAGACCUGAGAUCGUUCUCAUUAAUUCACGUCUGACGGGAAUCGACAAAGACACAAACAACACUAAAGAGGCGGAUGAGGUCUUGAGACGCACUCUGACUGACCUGGAGAAAGACUUGAUGGAUGUCAAUGCUACGCUGGCUCUCAAACAGGAGCUGCUGGACAAGUACCUCACCUCAGGAUUUUUAGAUCAGUUUGACAAAGUGAAGAAGUACUACCAAGUGUCACAGCAGGCUGAGGAGAGGUGCAACGCCUCGGUGUUGUUUCCUAUCAGUCCAGUAGAACAAUCCAAACAAACUCGARGGAUUACCGAGAAGAUGCUGAACACCACAAAAGACCAGCUCCUCCAGAAUCUAACUGCCCACAACAAUUCAUUAAAUGAGCUGCAUCAGAAGACCCAAAACCUCAGUGAGACGGUCCAACAUCUCAGCCAAAAGGUGUGUGGUGGUGCUAGUAAUACCAGCCAAAAUGGCAGCUGCUCUGACAACCCGUGUGGUUGCCAUGACAAUCAGGGUAACUUUGUUUGUGGAGGAGAGGGAUGCGAUGGGACAAAGAGUUCUUCUUUGACUGCACUGAAGGAUGCCACAAACCUCACAGACAGUCUGAAAGCGGCCAUGAAGGAGCUGCAGGGCGUCACAAAGAAGCUUCAGGACAUAGCUUCCCAGACUCAGGAUGUGAAGAACCGGACGAUGAAUGCUCUGGAGAAAGCCCAGAAGAAGAAGGAAUACUUUGAAAAAAGCAAUAAAGACCUUAAAGACUUCAUUAAGACCAUCAAGGACUUCCUCACAGAGGAGGGAGCAGAUCCUGAGAGCAUCCAGAAGGUAGCCCAGCAGGUCUUGGAUAUCAAGCUGCCGCUCAACAGGACCACUGUGGACAAACUGAUCAACCAGAUCAACAGCAGCAUUGCCAAUCUCACCAACGUUCAGAACAUUAUGAAUCAAACUUCGCAGCUCAUCCGCAAUGCUCAAGACCUGAUGAAUAAAGCUAAAGAGGCAGAGAGACAAGCAGUGGGUGUGAGGGAUCUUGUCAACAGCACCAAACAGGCUUUGAAUGUCUCUGAGGUGGCCAUCGACAAAGCAAAGGCAGCCCUGAAGGAGGCCCGGCACAACCUGAACAGCACCAAGAACUCCACUGAUGAGGUGGAAAAGGGGUUGGCGCAGCUUGAGGAUAAGCAGAUGGACAUCAUGAUGCUUCUAACCAAUCUGUCCAAGGGGGUGGAAGCCCUAAAGAACAAGACGGAGAUGAACAGACUAAUGGCAAAGGACGCCAUAAACCUGGCCAACAACGCCACUGACCAGGCAUCCACACUGGUGCAGAAGCUAAAUGUAACAGAGAAACGUUACCGUGAGCUGCAGUUGAAGAUGGAGUCUCUUGGCAGCUCUGGAACUCUGAACAACAUCCAACAGAAGGUCAAAGAUAUGACGGAGGAGGCAGAAGAUCUCCUCAGUAAAGCCAAUAAUGGGAUAAAUGAUCUUGACAAAMUAGGGGAAUUAUUGAAAAACAACGAGGAGCGGAUGAAGAAGCAGCGUGAGGAGCUGGAGGGUCUGAAGCAAAACGCCACUGAUGUGAGAGACCAAAUUCAGGAAGAAGUGCGGAAAUACAGUAGCUGCGUGUGAUGAUGUCACAAUAUUACAGUCUGAUGCUGCAACUGGAAACAGGCAGACAUCACCUUUAACAAAGAAAAGCUGCUCAGGAGCUACCUCCUAUAUGAUCACUGGAUUUCAAGUUUUACAGUCUACCUGUCAAAGUGUUAUAUCACAUAAACAACCUUAUUCAUGUACUGAACUGUCCUUUCCUAGUUAUCGCCUAUACAGUGUUUGAUAUUUGUAUUUAAGCUAUUUCAACAAGCAGAUUACUUAUGGUGGUCAUUUACUUCACUGUACAGACCACAGACAGCGACUUUCUCCAAUUCAUGUUUAAUAAACUUCACAAAUAUCUCAAAUA